AUGUGCCUAUCAGAAGUUGUUUCCAGCAUUGUGCGAUCUGCUCCAAAGAAGGUGCAGCCAUUGAACAUCGAGGGAAGCAUUACCAUUAUGAAUGUGCGUUGCAAAAAGGUAUUGAACCCUUUUAAUUUUGGCGUUGUUCAUGCUUUCGAUAUCUGUUCUCCACGUUCGCUUGUUAACGUGUUGUUGUCAGAACUGGAAAUCGAUGCUGUUUUUUCGGACUUUUGUUGUUUGUUGAUCUCAGUAUAA